CGCAUGAACGAUCAUAAUGAUUUUAGUAUUCCUUUAAAUAGAACUAUAAUCUCAUUGGGUACAUGACAGUUGAUCUUAUAUUUUAAAAUACCUAAUACUUAUUAUCAGUAAACUAUUGGAAUUAGCCGACUAAUCGCGAUCUACGUUAAGGCAAUGUUAAUUUCAUAAUUAAAUAUUUAUUUAUAAAAUAAUUAAAGGGUAACCGUCUAAACUCAGAAAAAAUAAAUUAAUUUGUGUUUAAUUUAUUUACUAUAGAGCAGUUGUCGCUCUUUAUAGUAUCUUAGACAAGUUUAUAUAAUUAUUUUUUUACAUUUAAUGAUGUUAGUUUAUUGUUAGUGCUAUGGAAGAAAAUUUAAUCAAACUUUUUAUUGUUGGAAUAUUAUGGGGUGGAUCAAAUCCAUUUUUGAAACAAGCUACAAAUAAAAAAAAUAAAAAUGUUAGUAUAAUAUAUGAACUUUAUGGUUAUUUGAGCAAUUGGAAAUACAUUUUGGCUUUUAUCGCCAACCAAAGUGGUUCAUUAUUAUUUUACUACUCAUUAAGAGAUUCAGACAUAUCUAUGGCUAUUCCAAUAGCUAAUGGAAUAUCAUUAUUAAGUACAUCAGUUAUAGGUACAAUAAUUGGAGAGGAAAAGCCAAAAAUAAAAACUAUGAUUGGUGUAUUGUUGCUGAUACUUGGUAUAUUAUGUUUAAUACAAGAUGAUAUGAAAAAAUAAGUAAAAUACAACAGUUGUAUUAUAGUUAUUAUAAUUUAAGGAAAACACUUGUUAACUUUAUUUUUUUAUUUAUUUUUUUAUUAAAAAUGUUUCUAAAUACAUUAAGAAAUUUGACUAGUGUUAUAAUAUUUAUAGUCAUCAUAUAUAAACACAAAAACAUGUUACAAUACUAAAGAAAUUAAAUAUGGUAUAUUAAAUCACACGAAUAACACAAUUUAAAAUAAAAAUAAA